UCUCUAUUUGCCUUCUGCAUCGGGAGAAUAAUCCUAUAUUAGAUUCAUUACAAAAUUUCGAAUAAGGUUUGAACUUUGCAAGCAAUUACCCAAACUAGUUAUUUUCGCGGGUUUGCAACAUGUGAUUAACGUUUUGUACCAGAGGAACUGAUUGAAACUUUACCAAUUUGAAUAUUAAAAAUUGCAAACAAUUUUCUUCUUCGGCUGUUAUGGAUAAGUUCAAAGUUCUCAUAGUAAACGACACAGUCCCACAAGGUGCAUUCGAUAUUCUCAAAACUCAUUGCGACGUUGUCAUAUGUAAAGAUGAAAGAAGUGCCAUAUUGAAGAAUAUUGGAGGUAUUGAUGCUUUAGUUUGGGUCUCUUAUGAUACUAUGGUAGACAAAAAUCUUCUUGACGCAGCCGGACCUAACCUCAAAGCUGUGGCAACAAUGUCCGCCGGUUAUGAUAACAUAGAUGUACAAGAGUUGAAGGUGAGAGGAAUCAAAUUCGGAAACACUCCAGGAAUUGUGGGAAGUGCUGUAGCCGAACAAGCAAUUAUGUUGGCCCUGGCAGCAGGUAGGAGGCUCAACGAAGCAAGAAUAGCAAUCGAAAGUUCUGAGUGGUGUAAUGCAUUGGAUGCUACUUGGAUGUCAGGGAUGGAAAUAUCGGGAUCUGUUGUUGGGAUAGUGGGCUUAGGAAGUAUAGGGCAAGCCAUAGUCAAAAAGUUGCAAGGAUUUGAGGUUAAGAAGUUUCUUUACACUGGACGCAAACCAAAGUCAGAAGGUGAGCAACUUAAGUGUGAAUUCGUAUCGUUGAAACAUUUGGUCCAAGAGAGCGACUUCAUUUUUUCUUGUCUACCUUUGACCAAAGAGACUACCAAUAUUUUCGAUUAUGAACUUUUCUCCAAAAUGAAGAAAAACGCAGUUUUCGUAAACGUAGGCAGAGGUGGAUCCGUCAAUCAAGGGGACUUGGUCAGAGCUUUACGUGAAAAUUUAAUUUUCGCUGCAGGUUUGGACGUCAUGACUCCAGAACCUUUGGACCCUAAUGACGAACUGUUGAAACUUCCUAAUUGUGUGUUAUCUCCCCAUUUGGGUACGAGUACUUGGAAGACUACAAACGAUAUGGCCAAACUAACUGCUAACAAUAUAUUGAGAGCUCUCAAAGGGGAACCAAUGUUAACACCAGUUGUAUGAAAUAAAAAAAAUUGAA